CCGUCUUCUCCGCACAAUGACAGUUGCCGAUGGUGUCAUUGAAGGGGACCAACGACAAACAAAUGCUGAGCCGAGGUCAGACUGCCCGUGACCGUUUACACCAACACCAUCAUUCACCGUGAGAGUUAAAUAUCGCCGGCAACUGAUCGAUAGGAAGUGGGUUUGGGAUAUCAAUUGACUCCAGGCGGUUGAGAAUUUCAAGUUCAGUUACCAAGCAUCUUGAAGAGAGCAGACGCCAAAACCCCUGUACACUAGAUAGCUUCAGUUUCUCGUUCCUCCAGAGUUGCUGCCUUCGGUUUCACAACCGCCACCAUGCCCGAAGCUAUCAAGCAAUAUCCUGACCCGGACAAACCCGUCCAUAUUGUCUUUGUAGGAGCUGGUGCCGUCGGUUGUUUCUAUGCCUCGAGGCUGCAUCACCCCUCCAAAAACAUCCACGUCUCCCUUAUCGCCCGUUCCAAUUACAAAGCCCUCCUAGACAACGGCGUCAAACUCCAAACCCACUCCUUCGGCGACUACACCUUCACCCCUCACGCCGUCUUCCCCAACGUCGCCGCCGCCGCCUCUGCUCCUGUUCAGCAAUGGGACUACGUCGUCGUAACCACCAAAGCCCUUCCGGACCGCGGUGACGACUCGGCGCUCAUCGCCCCACUCAUCGGUCCCAACUCGUGCAUCGUCCUGAUCCAAAACGGCGUCGGCGUCGAAGCACCGUACCGCACCCGUUUUCCCUCAACGCCCAUCAUCAGCGCCGUCACCGUCGUUUCCGCCGAACAAAUCAGUCAGGGAGUCAUCCGACAGAACCGAUGGACGCGCAUCCAUCUUGGUCCGUACUCCAACUCGGCUAGCUUUGAUUCUAGCACACCUAUUACCAAAGACCGUGAUGAAGCCCCCCCUUUUGUCACUACCACUCCCAACGUUGAAUCGACGGGCAAUCUAACACCCACCGGCUCCUCCCCUUCUCCUUCCCCCUCUUCAUCCGCGCCAUCUCACCACAAACUCACCGAUUCCGACCUUGCCCUCCAACAAAGGGGCUAUGACCUGGCAUCCCGCCUCACCUCUUACCUCGUCCACCUUGGUUCAGUCCGCGACGCCCAUCUCUCUUCCGAAUCUCACCUCCAGCUCAUCCGGUGGCACAAACUCUGCAUCAACGCCGCCUUCAACCCGUGCUCCGUACUAUCCGGCGGUAUCGGCAACGCCGACAUGGUUCGGGACCCCGAGCUCCGCCUCUUCUUGUCAGCCAUCAUGUACGAAAUCUGGGAUGCUGCGCCUUUGAUUCUGGGUCUGCCCAAGGGAGAAGGGUUCGAAAAGGAUCCCAAAGGGUUCGCGACGCCGGAGAAGAUUCUAAAGUCAACGGAGAGAAAUGUGGGUUCCAAGCCGAGUAUGUUGUUGGAUUGGGAGGCGGGAAGGCCGUUGGAGUUGGAGGUUAUCGUGGGUAAUCCGGUGAGGAUUGCGAGGGGACGGGGGGUGGAGAUGCCGAGGUUGCAAGGGGUUUAUGCGUUGUUGAGGAGUAUGCAGAGUGUUAGGGAGAGAAGGAAGAGGGAGGGGAAGUUGUAGAAGGAGGUUGGAGGGAGACGGUCGGGAGAUGGGCAGUGAAAGGUGGCUGUUGCUUGGUGAAUUGAACGAGCGAGCGAGCGUUGUCGCGGUUCCUUUCCGGGGGAUGUUUUGGGUUAUUGGUGUAAGAAGGCUAGAUGGUGAAAUGUUGAGAUUGGCAGCUCACAGUAUCAUCAGGAUAGAAGAUGGAGUAAUAAUGAAAGAUGUUGAUCAGCAC